AGCUACGAUCAGCAACGUUACCACAUGCGCUCUGCCUUUCUGUGAAGCUCAAGCACUGCUUAGGCAGCUCAUAACCGCAGGUAAAACAGCAUGAACGGCGCCGCCAAAGCGCCGCCGUCCCUGGAUGCUGUUGACUAUGACCCAAUUGACCACCUCAACACGAUAUUCUCUCAUCCCUCCACCCUCUCAUCCAUAAAUCAGACAGCCUCCGCCCUCCAAACCCAUCAAAAUGACCUUUCGACCACCAUCUCCUCUCUGGUGGCCGCGCAGGCCUACAGCGACGAUUCCAGCCUUGCACGCAUGCAAUCCGCAAAAGAAGAACUCGCACAGCUUUUCCGCAAGAUCGAAACAGUACGAACACGCGCUAUCGAGACCGAACAGACAAUCACCUCUAUGACAGCAGAUAUCAAACGGCUGGAUGGCACAAAGCGGAACCUCACAUUGUCUAUGACGGCUUUGAAGCGCCUGCAGAUGCUCACGACCGCAUAUGAACAAUUGAGAGGUCUGGCGAAGACGAGGCAGUACAGAGAAUGUGCGAGCUUGUUACAGGCUGUCUUGCAGCUUAUGCGGCAUUUCAAUAGCUAUCGGAGUAUCGACCAAAUCGCGACUCUAUCUCGGAAUGUGGCGGAGCUGCAAAGAGAAUUGCUAGAGCAAGUCUGUGAGGAUUUCGAGAUAGCGUUCGCGAAGGGAGAGGUUUCUAGUAAGAGGGGCAUGCUGGGGGAGGCUUGUCUGGUGAUGGAUGCGUUGGGGGAGAAUGCGAGGGCGAGAUUGGUGACUUGGUAUGUUAAUACACAGUUGCGGGAGUACAGGUCGGUGUUCAGAGGGAAUGAUGAAGCCGGGAGUUUGGAUAAUAUUGGAAGACGGUAUAGUUGGUUUAAGCGGAUGCUGAAGACCUACGAGGACGAGCAUGCGGGUAUCUUUCCCAUACAGUGGAGAGUCAAUGAGGUGUUGGCGAACGCUUUUUGUGAGGGGACAAGAGAUGAUUUCAAGGGCAUCUUGGAAAGAAGCAUGAGGCGGCCGGACGGAGGGAAAAUCGAUGUCAACUUGCUAUUGAGUUGCUUACAAGAGACGAUGGAUUUCGAACACACUUUGGAGAAGAGAUUCGCCAGCGAGCCAAGGGCGAGUAUAGACACACUCAGCUCGGUGGAAGACAAACCACAGACUUUUGACCGAUCGAUAUCCGAAGCUUUCGAGCCAUACCUCAGUCUCUGGGUUGAUUCUCAAGAUAGACAACUAGCGGCCAUGAUACCCAAAUACCGGAACCAACCUAUGAUACCAGCGGACGAAGAAUUCAACCCCCAAGCUGUGAUACCUUCCUCCAUCGAGCUCUUCCACUUCUACAAGCUCACUCUAGCACAAUGUGCAAAACUAUCGACUGGUGAGAAGCUCUUGGAUCUUUCCAAGACAUUGGCGAAGUAUCUGGAUGAAUAUGCUCAACAAGUACUUCUGCAUUUCCUGCAGGUCUCCGGUGGACCGCCUCUCAACAACAUAAUUCUUGUUCUCAAUACGGCUGAUUAUUGGCAUACAAAUACCCAGCAGCUUGAAGACAAUAUCAAGAAACGGGUUGACAGCGAGUUUGCGGCCAAGGUUGAUUUCUCUUCACAGUCAGAUGCUUUCAUGGGCGUGGCUAGUGCUGCAGUGCUAGGCCUCGUCCAUAAAGUUGAAGUCAAUUGCGAAUCAUCAUGGCGAGAAAUGAGAAAUACCAAUUGGAGCAAGAUGGAAAGUGUGGGAGAUCAGAGCUCUUAUGUUGCAGAGCUCUUACGACAUGUCAACUCUCAAGCAGAGGAGAUUUUGGCUUUAGUAGCGAAGCAGCAAUACGCUCGAGCGUUUUGUGAUAAUCUCGUUGAGCACCUGGCAACUACGUACAUCGCAAACAUCGUUCAAUGUCGGCCGGUAUCAGAAGUUGGCGCUGAACAGAUGUUACUCGACAAAUACGUCCUAACCAAAGGUCUCACAACACUUCUCUCACACUCCCCAUCUGCUUCAGCAUCUACAACUACCCAAGCUGCCUUUGUCAAGCGUGUAAAUUCAAGCAUGGCUCGUCUCGAUCCACUCCUCAAGACUCUCCAAGUCCGGCCAUCUCCCCCGGAAGCUCUCGUUCAAGCUUAUCUCAUCCAUAUAGGAGAUCGCUCAGAUACUAAUUUCCGCAAGAUCUUGGAGUUGAAAGGCAUCAGGAAACAAGACCAACCACAUCUCGUCGAAUUAUUCGGCAUUCACAGAGACGGAAAGAGCAAUGAUCAACUUGUGGCAAUGAGUCCGCUACUUACACCACUCAUGAAUGCAGGCGGGAUUGGUAGUGGUGGCUUAGGACUCAAUGCUGCGUCGCUAGGAGCUGCUUCAGGUAUUCCGAAUCUACAGACGAGAUUUGAUCCUGCUGGAUUUGGAGAGAAACUAUUCAGCGCAGCCAGAGAUGGAGUGGAAAGGAUGGGAACUGCUGGUGUUGGCGGUGGCGUUGGUGAGCGAGUAGGUAGCCCUCUGGGAGAAGAAGCCAAAGCCACAGUGGAAGGCAAUCUGAAGAGCAUUGGAAAGUUCUUCAGAAGAGACAUGAGUGGGUUUGGUGGGAUAGGAGGCAGGUUCGGCGCAAGGAGGGAUGGCAGUAUGGAUGAUACUGUCCGGUGAUGAGCGAUGGUGUCUAGGUAUAUUCUGCAAUCUAGAAGAUAUUUCCAAGGCAAGAGCGGCGUAGCUUUGUGUUUAGCUUCCAGGAGUGACG